UGGAAAGGGUUUUUUUCCUCCUCUUCUUCUUCCUCUCUCUCUCCCUUUUUCUCUCCCCUUCUCCUGGCAGCUGCUGGAGAGAGAGAAGGCGUGUGCUGCCAUCCCUCUCAUCCUCAUCUUCCCUCCCUUUUUCUCUCUUUGUUCAUCUUUAUCGCCGUUUCUCCGGCGACAAAUCGGUCCUGAACUAACGCGCUCGGGCGGGACGCACAGAGUUAUGCAGGCGGAUCAGACGGUGCUCAGCUUGAGGCCAGGCGGUGGUGGCGGAACUCGGGGACGAUUUUUUGGUCCUCGUUUCGACUCGGCACCUGGAAAUUCCGGUUCGGGGAUCCCCUCGUCUGCCUCCUCCGAUCUGCCAUCUCUACGGCCCCAUGGAGGUUCAGGCGGUGGCGGCGGCUUUGCUUUCGGCUCAUUCAAGACUGGAGAGAUGCAGCUUGAGGGGCAUGAGCAUGUCAGAUAUACACGAGAUCAAUUGUUGCAGCUCAGGGAGGCUGUUCAGCCUCCUGAGGAUGUUAUGAAGAUCAAGCAAGAGAUUGAAUCUGAAAUAUUUGGUGAUGACCAGAGUUGGGGUCGCACAGAUGCUAAUUCACAGAGUCAACCACAAGGUCGUUAUUCUGAGCCAGACAACCGUGAUUGGCGUGGUCGGGCAGCACAAGUUCCUGCUUCUGGAGAAGAAAGAUCUUGGGAUACGAUUCGUGAUAGCAAAGAAUAUUCUAGCAAAAGAACAGAAUCAGAUUCCUACAUAUCAAAUUCAAGGGCAUUAGAACAAAAUUCUUUUCAGUCAAACCGUGCAGAUCAGUUGAGUUCUCAGUUCUCUUCCAGAAUUCAAGUUUCACAGGUGGGACCAACCCCUGCUCUUAUCAAGGCUGAAGUUCCCUGGUCAGCACGUCGAGGAAAUUUGUCAGAAAAAGAUCGUGUUUUGAAGACAGUUAAAGGGAUACUCAACAAGCUGACACCUGAAAAAUUUGAUCUUCUUAAAGGCCAGCUUAUUGAUUCUGGAAUCACAUCAGCUGACAUUCUCAAGGGUGUUAUCUCGUUGAUAUUUGAAAAGGCAGUACUUGAGCCUACCUUUUGCCCUAUGUAUGCAUUAUUGUGUUCUGAUCUGAACACAAAGCUCCCACCCUUUCCCUCGGAUGAACCUGAUGGCAAAGAAAUCACAUUUAAGCGGGUCCUCUUAAAUAUCUGCCAGGAGGCAUUUGAAAAUUCUGACAAGUUGCGAGCUGAAAUUAAGCAAAUGACUGGAGCAGAACAGGAAUUGGAACGCAAGGACAAGGAAAGGAUUGUGAAGCUAAGAACUCUUGGUAACAUCCGGCUCAUUGGUGAGCUCUUGAAGCAGAAGAUGGUGCCUGAGAAGAUUGUUCAUCAUAUUGUUCAGGAACUGUUGGGACAUGAUCCAAAAUCUUGCCCAGAUGAAGACAAUGUUGAGGCUAUCUGCCAAUUCUUUUCCAUCAUAGGCAAGCAGCUUGAUGAAGGUGCAAAGUCUCGCAAAAUUAAUGACAUGUACUUCAGCCGGCUAAAAGAGCUGUCUAAAAAUCAUCAGCUAGCUCCAAGAUUGAGGUUCCUAUUGCGUGAUAUUCUGGAUCUACGAGCCAACAAUUGGGUUCCUAGGCGAGAAGAGGUGAAGGCAAAAACUAUCAGUGAAAUUCAUUCAGAAGCAGAAAAGAACCUUGGUUUGCGACCAGGAACAGCCAGCCGUGUCACAGCUGCCGUGGGUGGAGCCAGCCCAGUUAGCUUUCCAAUCAAUCGGCCUGGUGCUGGUGGCCUGAUGCCUGGGAUGCCUGGAACCAGGAAGAUGCCUGGAAUGCCUGGACUUGAUAAUGAAAACUGGGAAGUUGCUCGUAGCCGGUCAAUGCCAAAAUCCGAUCUUAGCUCAAUGCAGCCAGGUGGUGCCACUGGCAAUCGUCUGUCCUCCUCAGCUGUUGGAAAGCAAGCAUCAGUUAAUUCAAGGUUAUUACCACAAGGGAGCGGUGGCCUUAUAUCUGGGAAGACCAGUGCGCUCUUGCAGGGCAGUGGUCCUACAGCUCCACCACCGAACCAGUAUCCAGGACCCACAAGGCCCGUUAAUACACCUCUAUUUUCAAAGCAAGCUGAACCUCGUGUUUCCCAAAUACCUGAUAAACCAUUGCCUACCACGAUACAAAAACCUGCUGAUUUGAAGAGGAAGACCAUCAAUCUAGUAGAAGAAUACUUCAGCAUCCGUGAUCUCAAUGAAGCACUGCAAUGUGUUGAAGAAUUGACGAGUCCUGAUUAUCUCCCGGAGUUCGUAAAAGAAGCAAUCGCCCUGGCAUUUGAUAAGAGCCCACCAUGCGUAGAACCUAUUUCAAAGCUCCUCGAGUUCUUAAUCACAAAGAAGGCAUUAACCGUGCAAGAUCUUGGUGCUGGGUGUCUUCAGUAUGGAUCACUAUUGGAUGAUAUAGCCUUAGAUGCACCUAAGGCUCCCAGCAAUUUUGGCGAGGUAAUUGGAAGGCUUAUUGUAGCUGGUAUAUUAGAUUUUAACUUUCUUCGAGAAACCCUGCAGAAUAUCGAGGACACAUUUUACCGGAAACUGGUGUUUGAUGCCGCAAUGACGUGGAUCAAAUCGAGUGUGGCAGGACAAGGUAUUCUAGGGUCACAGGGAGCAGAUGCAGAAGCAUGUGAGCGUCUUCUGUCAUAGAACCCCGGUGGUUAAAUAUGUUUACUGCGCUCUCUCCCCUUGUACGGCCUUGUAACUUAGACGAGCAUGAAUUUUGUUUUCUUUCUAUUUUUCAUUUUCCUCGUUUAUCUGAGGCAAGAAACUUGUGUUACAAUCAUAAUUUAGCCUACCUGUGGUGACGGUUAAUUUUUAUGAGUUGUAUAUUUCUCGAGAUUUACGAGGCAGUUCUCCAAUUUGGAAAAGGAAAAAGAAGGUGCUUCAGUUUUUCUCCCUUGAGAUGCUGCAAAUUCUGGGAGUGCUUGAGUUGAACUUCAAGUUUAAUACAAUGGUCUUAUUUCCUGUUUCA